AUGCCACCACGUGAAGAGUUCCCGACUAAAGGAUUGGAGGGUGCACCAAGUAAUGAUAUAGGUUGGCACUUUGGAACUCCAGUGCCAAAUGCGAAAGGAAAUAUCAUAUGUAAACUUUAUGGUAAAGUUGUGAAAGGAGGAAUAACACGAUUUAAAGAGCACAAUGCUCAAAAAACCGGCAAUGUUGCACCAUGCCCUAAUGUUACUGGUGUCAUUAGAGAAAGUAUGAUGAAUGUAUUGAAAGAAAGCAACACAAAGAAAAUAGACAAAAAGAGGAGAAAAGAUGAAUUCUUAUAUCAAUUAAUAGAAGAGGAGGAUGAACAUGAGGGAUUCAUUGAUGAGGUUUCUGCUAUAAGGCAAGCAACUCGAGAAAGUAUCCAAUCACAACACGAGUGGCAUAGAAGGGAAGAAUUCAGACGAAGUAUUGGUGGUUGGGAUAACAUUUAUGAAGAAGGGCGAUCUUCUUAUGGAUCAGCUAGAGAAUAUCAUAGAGAAAGAACAAGUAAAUCCAUCCCAAGUGAGUCUGAGUUUACCUUAAGGAGAGCUAUACCUGAAUUGGUUAGAAGCAAAAGUUCAAAGCAACCAAAGGUCAAUGACUCUUUUUUAAAGAGUUUCCGAAGGAAGAUAGGUGAAGCGUCAGAGUAUCAACGAGUUCGUGAUUGGGUAAAUGGACUAAAUACUCAUUGGAAAGAAUUGGGUGCAACUCUAAUGUAUGAUGGUUGGACCAACAGUUUGAAUCAAAUGCACAUCAUUAAUUUCCUUGUUUAUUGCAGUAAAGGAACCAUUUUUUGGAAAUCGGUAGAUGCCUCAAGUGUCCGUAGUAGAGAUGCUGAAUUCUACUACUAUUUGUUAGAUUCAGUUGUAGAAGAAAUUGGAGAAAAUUACAUUGUCCAAAUAGUGACUGAUAAUGAAGCAGCAAUGAAAGCUGCUGAAAAAAAUUAA